UGAUAGCUGAUCAGCUCUGACAGCCAAAUUUCGAAGCAAGUCAAAUCAAUACGGAAGAAAUUGGGAUAAUUUUUUAAUGAAAAGUGCAAUCAACCAUUUGAAAUGACUGCUACGGGGGUCUACCUUGCAGCUGAUGCCUUUAUGGUGUGCCUCACCCAUGCAUUUUCUACCGAGAGAGAAGAAGUUAUGGGUUUGUGCAUCGGAGAGAUUGAUACAAAUAAGAUUGUGCAUAUUGUAUCUGUCAUCAUGUUACGUAGAUCUGACAAACGGAAAGACAGGGUAGAAAUCUCUCCAGAGCAACUCUCAUUUGCAGCCUCAGAAGCAGAGAGAUUAGCCCGAGAGAUGAGUAGACCGCUUAGGGUUGUUGGUUGGUAUCAUUCGCAUCCUCACAUCACAGUAUGGCCCUCACACGUUGAUGUUCAAACUCAAGCCUCAUACCAGUUACUUGAUGAAUGCUUUGUGGGUCUAAUCUUCUCAUGUUUCAAUGAUGAUAAUUCUACCAAUCAAGGCCUGAUUCAAGUCACAUGCUUUCAGUCUAUCAACCAAAGCCUGGAAGGAGAGGCACCUCAGUAUGAGAGGCUGGAGAUCGCCCUCCAUAUCAUCCCACAGCAGACCUUUGGCCGGGCGUGUCUCGAUGCGUUAGCUGAGUUGCCACGGAUACUGACCAUGGAAGAGGGAGAAGCCUACGCUAAGGCCAGUGAGGCAACGCAAGGUCACCUCUUGACAGCUAUACACAACGGAGCAGUGUACACAAAAUCAGUUUGCCACCAGCUUGAGAGAUUGACAGGGCCUUUACUGCAGACAUUGGAAAACAGACUUGAAAAAAACAUGCAACUUAUUGAGGACAUGGAACGAGAAAAGAAACAAUUGAUGGAAGAACUCAAAUCUGGUAGUUCAUGAACGUGAAUCCUGCCGACAAUGGUGUUUCUCCAUAUGAGGAUCUAUGGACCUUUUGAAUUUGUGUAGCCCAAAGUCUCCAGACUUUGAACCAAAAGACCCGGGGUUCGAAUCCCAAUGCAGCACUCACGUACUUUGACAAGGCAUUUAUCUACUUUUGCCAAUCUCCACCCAGUUUAGGUAAAUGGGUACCUGGUAGAAAGAAAUUCCUUGAAUGCUCGAGCGGUUGACAAGUGUAGCCAUACUAAAGGCAGGUUAAUAGUAUGUAGUGCUUAGAAAUAUUGUUUUAAGUGCUAUAAAAAUUUUGCAUAUUGUGAUUAUUAUUCAUAUUAUAUGUACUAGUCUAAAAACAAUCUUUUAAGCCUGGCUCACACCAUUGCAUCAUGCUGUGUAUUGCUAUGUGAGCUAUUGCUAUGCAGUAAAAUGUUCUGCAGCAAUCGCACUCUUAUGGAUGAGCUUAUAUGAAACUGAACACAGUAAAGCAAGGUGAUGCAAGUCAAGCAGUUGGCCUACUUGCUGUUGCUUGUCCUUGCUCAUAUGGGCUCCGGUUGAGUUCAGCUGUGCAUGUUUGAACAAAUUUCAAACUUGGGCGAGUUUGAACACAAAGCCUGUGCAUUAGUCUGGAUGCUUGACUGCAUUUGUCUGCGUUCAAUCAAUACACAACUGAAUGCAAGCAAAAAUCUAAAGGUGUAGGCCAGGCUUUCAAGAUGGUUGUCAUUGGGUAUAUUGGUAUGUCUAUAUUCUGAAUGCAGUCCUGACUGCAAUGGUUGUCAAGAGAAUAGUCGUAACAAGUCACAGGGGCUCUUCAGAAAUCUGGCAAGUUGCCUGUCAAUGGAUAUCUCUUUUAUUAAAGCAAUCAUGACGUCAGUGGAUGUCUUCAAGUUGAAAGGAUAGUGUAUAUCAGAAUGGACAUUCUUUAUAAGAAGCCAUGAUGGUGGAAGAGCCGUGGUGCAGUGGUUCCGACUCUCGUCUUGUAAACAGAGUAAUCCAAUGACCGGGGUAAUAAUAUGCUGUAACGCGCUUUGAGCCAUUCUGGGAAAAGCGCUUUAUAAAAAUUGGCUAUUAUUAUUGUUAUGUCACAGAGACAUGCCAUACAGUAUAUAAUGAGUAUGAGGGAAUCUAUAAUAAUAAUAGAACAGUUUUUGUGUAGCGCAUUACACCUUACAAAGGUCUCAAUGCGCGUUAGGAAAAAGAAGAACAGAUGAGGGAAAGCUGCUGGUGAUGCUUUGAUAAUAAAGCAAUAUUGACUGGCCUCGGGGUGAUACGACAUAUAUCGCCCGAGUCGUAGACGAGGGUGAUAUCAAUUUAGUGAGGGCGAUAUAUGUCCUUUCGCCCCCAGGCCAGUCAAUAUUGCUAUUAACCAAAUCAGACAUCUAGAGCAAAAAUCGUUAAAAGUUAUUUUAAAGUUUAAGAAUGCAAAUCUAGUUCGUCAUGUUGAGCAGACUGGGCCUCUGAACUUAACUAUUGUGACGUAAUUGAAAUGACGCUUCCCUGGCCUAGGGACGCAGUAUCCAGCGUUGUGUCAACUUGAUUACCAUUAUGACGCAUAGCACUGCGUGGUUCAAGGACGCGUAGAAUACCCAGGUGUUAGCUCUGCUUUAUUGCCCGCUACAUUUUCCACGCAUUUUCUCAUUGACUUUCCUGAGCGGGCAAUAAAUUGGGCCCGUGGAUAAACAAUUUGAAAUUUAUUGACCGGCCAUUUGAUCCCAGUCUUAAGCAGGCAACAAUGUAUCAAAGUUGCCCUGCUCAGAUGUCUGAUACGGUUAAUAAUAUUUUUUUCAGUUAAAUAAAUGUUUUCAAUGCAGAUUUAAAUUGCCCAAUUGUAUCAACUUGCCUUAAAUUGUGUGGGAUAAUAUUCCAGAGUUCCGGCGCUGCGUGCGCAAACCCCCGUUCGCCAUAAAACUUUGUAAAAUCCUGAUGAAGUGAUCUGAGAUUUUGAACAGGUUCAUAUUUUACAAGUAACUGAGACAGAUAAGAUGGAGCCAUUUGUUGCAAACACUGAAAUGAGAGUAGUAAGAUCUUGAACUUAAUACGUGACCUGACCGGCAACCAAUGCAUGGAUCUUGAUACAGAUGAUACAGAUUCAUAUCUUUUUGUUCUGGUAACAAUCCUAGCAGCUGAGUUUUGAAUGACCUGAAGUUUCUGGAGUUGAGUGACCUACUUUUCCUGAAGUCAUGCGUUCAGCGCACGAAACGCGUAUUAGUGCUUGCAGCGCCAUUCUGAUCUGAGACAUCAAUGACGGAAUAGUCAACUUUUCCAUCACGACGUCACGGAAUAGCACAUUUCCUCCAAUGGGCGUUUCAUUUUCGACAUCGCAAAAUAGUGAGAAUAUGUUUGGUCACAUGAUGCUAUUUAAACCAAUCAGCAUACAUGUUUUAAUUUAUGUAGAAUAUGAAAUCCAUUAUUUGUCUUUGCCAUGUGACAACUAGGCUGCUGUCAUACUUAUAUUAAGUACUAUGUUUGUUUUUAUUAAUGUUUGUUAUUAUCUUGUAUCAAGUAUGAAAAAUACAAUAUGAGAAAAUGCUACAUACUUGUAUAGUCAAUAAAGUGAUAUAAUUUAUAAAGUGAUCAUAAAACUACUUCUGAAAUAACCAUUUCCCAUUAUUUCAAUUUUGAUUCUGCUUGCUCCUUGAUUAGACGACGGGGAUGUUGCAAGAUACAUUUUACAAUCAAUUACAAAUUUCAGCCGCAAAUUUACGAGUGAUAGAUCAUAUUGAUAAAAGCAAAUCAAUAAAAUU